AUCACUUUGCAUCCAAAUGUCAAACUGCCUUUGAAAUAGUUAAAUUUAGUUUAAAAUUCGUGUUUUUCUUUUUGUUUUCCCUCCAGAAUAACCGCACCCACCUACAACUUAAUAUACGCUUAAAAAGAAACGGGAUGAGUAACGUAGUGUUGCAAUUCGGGCAAUGUGGAAAUCAAGUGGGGCAUUCCUUUUACGAGUUUCUUUACAAUGAUAUUCAAAUGACUACGAAGAACGGUAAAAGUUCAAAUGAUUAUAAGCAGGAGGCUCUUAGCAAAUGGUUUAAUGUUCGAAAAGACUUUUUAGAGCCAAAAGCUGUCUUGGUUGAUACAGAGGAUAAAGUAACAAAGACUGUAAAUAAAGGAAAAGCGAUUAAAUAUAGAAAUAUUGUCUCGAAUGCUUAUGGUGGAUCUGCAAAUAACUGGGCUUUUGGAUACAAUUCACGUAGUGUUUUGGUUCAAGAUGAAACCUUGGAAAAGUUAAGAAAAGAAAUUGAACGCUGUGAUAUGUUAGGGUGUAUAUUAAAUGUUUUAAGUUCUUCUGGAGGGACUGGAUCAGGUGUUGGCAGUAAAAUUAUUGAAGCUGUACGUCAAGAAUACUCAUCAAAAUUUAUUGUAAAUGUUAUUGUGUUUCCGUUUAAAAAAGGGGAUGUUGUUACACAAAAUUAUAACACUCUUUUAACAUUAUCUAAAUUGUACGAUGUGACUGAUUGUUCAAUAAUCUUUGAAAAUGAUAAAACCCAUUCGAUUUGCUCACGUUUAUUUCCAAUGAAAAAGUUACAAUUAAGAGAUUUAAAUAAUAUUAUUUCUCAACAAUUAGCUUCUGUUAUGCAACCAAUUAAGCAAAUAACACUCCCAAAUUUAAUUUCGAACGUUUCUGCUCACCCCUCUUAUAAAUAUUUGCAAAUCUCAAGUGCACCUUAUUUUAAUAAAGACAAUUCAAGUUUUGAACCUGUACAAACAUGGCCUUCAUUACUCGGACAGGUUGUUAGAAACGCUAAAACAGAUUUGGUUAUAAAAAAUACAUUGUGCAAGAAAAUAAGAUAUAUAGGAAACGUAUUAAUUACUCGCGGUGUUUCUAGUCCCCAAGAAAAUGAUAUAAAAAGAUAUUUUGAACCAUCUUCUUAUGUUAAUUGGGUUCCUGAUACCGCAAAAUUCGUUCAUUAUCUACAAGAUCGAGAAUUUUCAUAUUAUAACAAUUAUGUUUCUUUAUUGACGAAUAAUAACAAUAUUUGUAAUAGUUUAAAUUUUAUCUUGGAAGAUGCUUGGAACCUUUUCGUUCACUCCGCCUAUUUACAUCACUAUGCAAAAUAUGGUGUUAAUGAUGAAUGUUUUUUAGAGGCUUUUCAAAAAUUAGAAAGUGUUUUAAACGAUUAUAAAAAGUUGUAAUUUGUGGAUUUUGUUGCUUUUUGUGGA